GACACAAGCAUGGUUCAGGAACAGAGAGCAGAGGAGAAGGUGGAGGAAUUUGAGUAGUUAGGGUCAACAGUCUGGAGACAGACUGGCGACCUGUCAAGGGUGUAUCCUGCCUUCACCCAGAGGUGGCCGGGUUAAGCUCUGGCAGCCCAGUGACCCUGGAGGGACAAAGCGGUUAGGAAAAUGGAUCGAUCAACAGAGAAGAGGUGAAGUGGUAUUUUCUGCUGACGAUGGAGAAGGAGGAAAGAUCUGAGAGAACCUUAAGGAGAGUCGACAAAGACUGAACUGUGCAGAAAUGACAGCUGUGAUCGGAUUGUUGCUGAUGCUGCUCUCAGUCACUGAUGGUGUGGUGACCCACUGUGAUGGCAGACAGAGUUCAGUUCAGUGUUAUGGAGCAUUGGGAGGAUCUGUUUCUCUCCAGCUGAUCGACAACUUCUCAAAGUUAUAUAAAAAUGAGGAAACGGCUAAUACUAACUACAUGGUUUUAUUAUGUAAAGGAAAACAGGAAAAUUGUCAAACCAUAUCUUCAGUUUUUCCCAGUAAUGGGACAGUUUUGAUCCACAACCUGAGCAGAACUGACAGUGAUGAACGCACACUUAAGAUCUAUAACUCAGUUGGACGUCAUCUACUUACGCAAACCAUACAGCUGUUUGUACAAGCUCCUGUGUCCUCCGUCUCUCUGGUCUCUGAGUGUUUGUCUCAGGGAGAGAUGAAGGUGUCCUGCUCCUCUGAGGGAGGGGACAGUCCUCAGUACAGGUGGACUCUGAAUGGAAAGUCACUGACAGAAGCUGAGCUGCUUUCUGGAAACAAGCAGACAAACAUCAUCACUUUGAAACAACACGUCUCUGGACGUCUGGUCUGUUCUGUCUCAAAUAACGCCAGUUCUGCUUCUAAUGAGACAAACAUCUGUACCUGUGGUUUCAUUUACAUAAAUUCCAUCAUCAAUGGGAGAAAGAUAUCAAAGUGGGUGUUUCUGGAAAAUAACACUCAGUGUGUUGAACCAACAAUAGUCUCACCAACAGAGACACAAAGCACUGUGGAUUGGUCCAUGCUGAGAUGCAGCCUGAUGUUUCUGUUUUCUGUUGUUUCAUUUGUUGGAAUCGGCGUCUAUUUCAAGUGGAAGAAGAUCAAAACUGUGAAAGAUGAACAGUCGGCUGAAAGACACAGAACAACGUUUUCUGAGGAUUUCUCUGAAAAUGAACAAACUCUGUACAGUAAUGUUUAACCAAAAUCAUGAUAACACCCAAAGGGAAAAGCUUAAUUUGUACACAUCAGAUCAAUGAAAAUGAAUUGUUCACACAUUCAGAGAUUCUGGUCUGUUUUAUGACAUCUAUGAAAUAACAUUGACUGUAAAUAUUGUCCCAUGACAUUCAGGAGGAUCAAUCUUUAGGCUCUGUUAUGACCCCUGGCCGUGUGGGUUUUGUGUGUACUUUGUUCUUGUUUGUAUAUUUGUUUUUCCCAGCUCCUGCGGAAGUCCAGCUCCUCCACUGCUGCUGACUCUGCCCCUUCCAUCAGAGAUGAUUGAGUCACCCUCCCAACCAAUCCCUGAGCUGGGAGGGAAGCUUAAAAGAAGCCAGGAAGCUCUGGUCCAGUGGCGGCUGAAUUCCUGAGUGGGGAGUCAGAUUCUCAGCCUGCCCUGCUGUCUGCCUGGCCAAGCCUGAGAAAAGCCUCUGGUGUCCCUCUUUAGUUUGUUCUGUUUGUUAACUUUGCUCUGGUGGUUUCUUUAGUUGCUUUUGGAGUGAUAGUUGUGCUUGACUGGCUUUGUUACUUAUUGCUAUAAAACCUGAGAAUUUAAGUUACCUAUUAGUAUUAGUUCAUCUAGUCCUUUGUGGUGUUUUGUUUUGUCUUAUGUUGUGAUUCCUUCCACCUGUCAGCGCUAUUAAACAGCUGUGUUUGAGCAUCCA